UUGCCUGACAGCAAGUACUGUGAGCCAGGGGAGCAGAGAGCAGGCUUGCCCUCCUCUCUCUGAUUCUAGAGCAUAGAGGAAUGAGACCGCGAAGAAGCGUCGACAAACAGGGGCGUUUGGGGCCGUGAGAGUGGGCGAGCGGUGAGAACUAGAUUUUUUUUUAAAUAUAGCUAAGUGGAAAGCAGGCUUCCCUCGGACAUUCCCGAAGCCAGAAAGCCAUAGGACCCAGGCUCCCGAGUCCUUCCGCGUGUGUGACUCGCUUGCACAGAUCGAAAACACUACUCAGCGCUUCACAGUUGGCAGACAUCGCCCUUCCUCCUCCGCCUUCAUGCCCAGGCAGGCAGGGCGCUUGGCGGGGUCCUUUGCUCGUCGCGCACGUCCCGCACGCCCGCUGCGUCACGGCAGCACGCCCCGCCCACCCCGCCUGCGCCCUCCCCACGCGGCACUCGGUGACAUUGAGCGCCAGCGCCGCGGCCGCCGUGGGGUGCUGUGCGUCGGCGGAUCAGGCGGUCAUGUGGAGCCUCCGCGGCCUGCGCCUGGCGGCUGGACAUUGUUUUAGGUUAUGUGAAAGAAAUGUUUCCUCACCUCUAAGGUUAACCAGGAACACUGACUUGAAGAGGAUCAAUGGAUUCUGCACCAAGCCACAGGAAAGUCCCAAAGCUCCAACCCAGUCUUACAGACACAGGGUGCCGCUUCACAAGCCCACAGACUUCGAGAAGAAGAUCCUGCUGUGGUCAGGCCGCUUCAAGAAGGAGGAAGAGAUCCCAGAGACAAUCUCGUUUGAGAUGCUUGACGCUGCAAAGAACAAGAUCCGGGUGAAGGUCAGCUAUUUAAUGAUUGCCCUAACAGUGGCAGUCGUCUAUAUGGUUAUUGAGGGCAAGAAGGCUGCAAAAAGACAUGAGUCUUUAACAAGCUUGAACCUGGAAAGGAAAGCCCGUCUGAGAGAGGAGGCAGCUAUGAAGGCCAAAGCGGACUAGAUGUUUUUGUGCUGGAUUUGGAAAAGCCAGGAGUACGGUUGCAACAAGAAGCCUGC